GCUAAAAUAAUUGAGUAUAUACUACGUUGUAAUAUACUUUUGUAAAGGGGAUAAUUUAUUUCUCGAAAAUCAAUAUUAAUUAAUAACAAAUUUAUAAUAAACAGAUGGCUACAUAUGCGUGCUUCGAGCGAAACGAGCCAGCAUACGAGAAUCGUCGUAUGCGACUUCUACCGGGUGGCCGUGGCGUAUCGCUUGACAAUCACAGCGACGUCGUUAGUCAUUGGCGGCCGUGGACACGGUCGCCCAGCAACUGGCAUCAAUUCCGUAAACACGACUACGCACCGUCGUGUCAAGGGCCGCCUGCACGAGGAGAAGCUACUCGGACGGCGGCCGCCUGCCCGUUCUGCGAAGAUGUGAAUGUGCCGCGACGGUUCGCACUUCCUUCCGCCAGAAAGAAUUUCCCUCGCGUGAAAGACUCUCGUCCUCGGUGAACUUCAAGUUCGUCCACCCUUGCCGCCACCGCCGCCGCCACCGCCGCUGCCGUUGCUGCGACGAUGUCGGAGAAAAAGACCGCCGAGAGGGUCUCCGAGAUUGACGCGCACAUCAGCAAGCAGUAUGACAUCGUACGACGCCUCGGCAAAGGGGCUUACGGUAUCGUGUGGAAGGCGAUAGACAAGAAGAGGAAGGACACCGUCGCGGUGAAGAAGAUCUUCGACGCCUUUCGGAAUCAGACGGACGCGCAGCGCACGUUCCGCGAGAUUAUGUUCCUGCUGUCGUUCGCCAAUCACGAGAACAUCAUAAAGCUGAUUGGGCUGCACAAGGCGGACAACGACCGGGAUAUUUACCUCGUUUUCGAGUACAUGGAAACCGACCUGCACAACGUCAUAAAGCGGGGCAACAUCCUCAAGGACAUCCACAAGGUCUUCAUCAUGUACCAACUUUUUAAGGCGAUCAAGUACAUACACUCGGGCAACGUUAUCCAUCGAGACCUGAAGCCGUCCAACGUGCUCCUGAACGCGCAGUGUCACUGCAAGAUCGCGGACUUCGGUCUGGCACGCUCGGUCACGCAGAUCGGCGAGGGCGACGGCGAAUCCGGCAGCGAUCCAACUCUCACGGACUACGUCGCCACUCGGUGGUACCGCGCGCCGGAGAUCCUCGUGGCUUCAAAGAGGUACACAAAGGGGAUAGAUAUGUGGUCCUUAGGCUGUAUCCUCGGCGAGAUGCUGCUCGGCAAGCCGCUCUUCCCCGGCUCGUCGACGAUAAACCAAGUCGAGAGAAUAAUGGCGACCCUGCCCCCGCCGACGGACGAAGAUCUAAUAUCGGUCAGCGCCGGUUACGGAACCAAUUUGUUGGAGAAGACACCCAGCGGACCUAGACGAGCUCUCACGGAUCUGCUGCCGGAGGUGUCGGAGAAGGCCCUGGACCUCAUCAGCAAUUUGAUAGUCUUCAACCCCACGCAACGGCUCACCGCCGUCGAGUCGCUCGGGCAUCCUUACGUCGCCGACUUCCACAGACGGGGAAACGAGCCGGAGAGGGGCUCGAGCGUUGUGCCGUUGCUGAGCGAUGACGUGCAGCUCACCGUCGACGAGUACAGAAACAAGCUGUACGCGAUGAUGGACGACAAGCAUCGCAAGCACAAAAACAUGUCCAAGUCCAGACUGCGCCGUUUGUCCGAGCACAUCAGGAAGGAGGUCAGCGGCAGCAAGAGUAAUCCGGUGAUCGGUCAGGGCGACGCGACUGCCGCGUCGUUGCAAAACAGAAGGACAAUCAGGCCGCCUCCUCAGGGCGACAAGGCGCGCACGAUGAGCACCGUGGAGACGCCGGGGGCGCAGGAGAACCCCUUAGUGAAAUCCCGGCUGAAUGUCAGGAACGCGGCGACGCAGUACGCCUGCAAUGUGACGAACGGCAGCCUGGCGGCAAACUUACCUCCGGCAACGGCAAAAAGUUGCUUCUACCUUAAUCAGCAGCAACAUCAGCAUCAACAGCAACAGCAGCAGCAGCAGCAGUCGCAGUCGCUGUUAUCGAAAUCCCAGCGCUCCAUACAAUCGGAUCAGAUGGCAAUGCACACCACCGGAGGCAGAUCGAACCAAUUAGCGGCACCAGUGGCACCACGCGCCAAGCUACGGAGGGUCUGCAGACAGCCGCAGGUCCUCGCGCAGGCACCGAAACCAUUCGCUCUGGCGUCUGCUAAUUGUCGCGGUGAUGAUCAGCGACCUAGAACAAUCCCGACGAAGCCGACCGUCGUCAGGGUCACCGGCAGUCCGGGGGGAAUCAUUAAGCAGGCACUGAUGCCCAGCAACGUCACGAAACACUUCGUCAGGAGCACGGGGAGCAGUGGUGGCGGUGGCGGUCACCUCAGCAGUCCGGAAUCGCCGUAUUUCAGUCAGCAACAAGCCAUCCGCAACUACCUGAACCAGACGAUGCCGCAGCGGCACUCGCGGCCGCGCGAAGGUGCGAUGUCCUGUCAGGACAGUAGAGGCAGCCACUUCAUCGAGCGGACGACCUCGUGCAACGUUGGGGUGGCGAACAAUCGCACGAGGAGCGCGACGCGCGGCUCUCAAGCGACACGCGGCCUGGACAUCGCGCGGAGGAGGUCGUCGGCGACGGCAACAACGACGGGGAUGACGACGUGCGACAAGUCGCGGUUCCUCAGCAGCCACAGUCAGAACCACGGCGUGAUUGCCGCGUCCGUUUACAGGGAACUCUGUAACGGGACUAUCGGCUAGUGAGCGCGUGCGGCGGGCGGGCUUCGUGGACGAUGUAGAAGGGCGACUUUUAGGGGGAUGUAGACGACCGACCGACGGUGCCUCUCUAGGAGGAGGAGGAGGAUUUUGUAGGAACGCGCGCGAGGAAGUCUUCUUCGUUUUUUUGCAAGGAUCCUUGCGCGAAUGAUGAAUACCGCGAUUGAGGCAAAGGCUUCGCUGGACUUUACGCGCAACGUGUUUGCCAUUGGAUCCCGCGGAUAAAUCCGCGCUUUCGCGCUCUUUCAACCUCUGCUUUGAAGUCGGAGGUGCAAACGCGCGUUGCGCCCCCGGGAAAUUUUUCCGCCGAGUGUUUGCUUCCUGUUAUUUUUCUGAAUCAAUCGAAACACAGGAUGCAACUGGUUUCGAGGAAAGUUUCUUGGUUAAUAUUCUUUUAUAUCAAAAUUAUUGAUUAUCGCGCGGUAAGAAACAAGCGGUCGUCUCGUGAAGUUCCUCGAAAGUUCGUUCGUUCGGCGUCGCGCAAGAAGUAGGCCGCCCUGGUGCGCACGGCGCAAUGUUCCUAAAUAAAUAAGCAAAUUUUGCACGAGGUAGAUGCAUAAUUAACGCUAGCAUGGCGCACUCGAAACUUCGUGUUCCCACGGGGGAUAAUCGAUGGCGCCAGCCGGCAUCGCGCCCAUAAGCACCCAAAGUUUGGAAACAGAUGCGAUCUUCAGGGUCUAAUACCGCGACUACCUCAAGCUUUUUACCACGUAAAUUAUCGGAGGGGCAGGAAGAUAAGUGGCGCGAAUGCUGCCCCAUCUCUAGCUCUUGAUAAUGAAAACGCGACAAUAACGUAGGCGACAUCGAGCUCUCUCUCUAUUCCCCAACGAAAAAAUAGGCGAAAACAUCUAUUCGGUCGGGCAAACAAGCAAAGGCGGGAACAAAGGGCGCGAGCCGUGGGGAUUCGAAGAACGCGGUAGAGAGCUUUAGGGCGUAGGGCGCGCGAUACGGGCCGACUCAUGUGGGUCUAUGCGCGACUCACAUUUUUCUACGGUAUUUUUAUUUGUACGACGCGGAUAUAUGGAAUAUACUCAUCCUCACACAUACACACUCACACACAUAUACAGAUAGAGAAAGAGAGGGAGAUAUGUACGCGCUGUCUACGCUAUAUAUCCGCCUGUACUCUGUAUUGUCAUCGAUUUGUAGCGUAAAAAUCCCAUUGUAUCAUUCUUGGGUCGUGGUACUUUUGUGCAACGACGCUCGGCAGCGGACGUUCGGAGUCAGCAUGUGUUGUACUACAUGUACGUGUUGUGAGAAUAAAACUUUAAUAAAGAAAAAGAAAGCCCCA